CACGUACUUUGUCAGUCUCAUUGCUCCGCUGUCGUUUCGUCGAGGCCGGGUGAGCACACAAGCUGUAAACCGCUCCUUUUUGGAUGAAGAUGGCCGCUGGUCCUCUCUCUGUAUCUUCCAACGCGUCCACAAACAACGAUGGCAUUCUCAUCGGUGACAAAGUUUACUCGGAAGUAUACCUUACAAUCGACAACUCACUCAUACCGGAGGAAAGGCUCUCUCCGACGCCGUCGAUGCUCGAUGGCCUCGACCUGAACACGGAGACCGACCUUCGCAUCCUUGGUUGUGAAUUGAUUCAAUCAGCGGGCAUUCUUCUCCGGCUACCUCAGGUGGCAAUGGCAACGGGGCAGGUUCUUUUCCAUCGGUUUUUCUACUCCAAAUCAUUCGUCAAACACAGCUUUGAGAUUGUCGCCAUGGCUUGUAUCAACUUGGCCUCCAAGAUCGAAGAAGCGCCACGACGAAUACGAGAUGUCAUCAAUGUUUUCCACCAUCUGAGACAGAUCAGAGGCAAAAAGACUCCAAGUUCUUUGAUACUUGAUCAGAACUACAUAAAUACCAAAAACCAAGUCAUCAAAGCGGAGCGGCGGGUCCUGAAGGAGCUGGGCUUCUGUGUCCAUGUCAAGCAUCCACACAAGAUUAUCGUAAUGUACCUCCAAGUCCUGGAAUGUGAGAAGAACCAGACACUCGUCCAGACCGCCUGGAACUACAUGAAUGACACCCUGAGGACCAAUGUGUUUGUGAGGUUCCAAGCAGAGACUAUCGCCUGUGCCUGCAUAUUCCUUGCUGCCCGCGCUCUGCAGAUACCUCUGCCAUCCCGACCUCAUUGGUACCUGCUGUUUGGAGCCACUGAUGAUGAGGUCAAGGAGAUUUGUGUGACCACUCUCAGACUCUACACCAGGAAGAAGCCGAACUAUGAUCACUUGGAGAAGGAAGUGGAGAGGAGGAAGGUUUUCUUGGCCGAGGCUAAGCUGAAGGCCAAAGGUCUUAACCCCGAUGGUACCCCUGCACUGUCAACACUGGGUGGCUUCUCCCCUGCUUCCAAGCCCUGCUCCCCCAAUGUGGUCAAGGUGGAAGAGAAGUCUCCAAACCCCCAGACCCUCAAACCAGUUAAGAAGGAGCCAGACAACCGGACACAAGCCAACAAGAGUCCGCACAAUGGUUUAAGGAAAGAUGUGAAGAUUGGGAGGACCAGCAGGAGUGGAAGUCGGUCUCGUUCUAGAACGCGCUCCCGAUCUAGAUCUCGAUCCCCUCGCAGACAUUACAACAGCAGACAUAGUCGCUCAGGGUCUUAUAGUUCUCGCUCAAGAUCUCGCUCUCACAGUCGCAGUCCAUCGCCUCGCCGGCAUCCGCCCUCACCCCUCCUCCCCCACCUCAAGUCCAAGACCAGCCAUCAUGGCAACAGCGACUCAAAGCCCAGCGGACGCCACAGCAACAGCGGGGGAUCUGGUCACAAGAGGAAGCGCUCACGUUCUCGGUCACGGUCCCGUACUCCGGUCAAAGUAGACAGAGACCGGGACAGAGAGAGGGACCGGGAAAGAGACAGAGACCGUGGCUCCUAUGACCUCACCUCAAAGAAACACAAACACGAGCGAGGAGGUGGUCAUCGAGGAGAGAGGAGGGAGAGGGAGAGAUCUCGGUCCUAUGACAGGGACAGAGAGAGGGAGCGUAGCCACAAGAGCAAACACCACAGCAGUAGUGGGCACUCAGGACACAGCCGUCACCGGCGCUGAGACUCACACACACUGACACACACACCAAUAGACAAGCUCUAGGACUGAUUGUCACUGAAGUAUUUUCAGUAUACUUGAAACCGAAUCAGAUGUGGCGUGUUCUGUGAAAGCCGUUGAAUACAGUUCACUGUUAGCUGGAGUCUUGUCAGCAGACAUAUCUCACAUUUUCUUCAAAAGAUUAGAGAUCCCUCCCAGAUUUUUAUAGAUGUACAUACCUUUUUGUCCAAUAAACUUUGACAAAUUUGUUUAUAAUGGGUUUUUUUUCCACAAAAACACACUAUUGUUAAAUCCUUAAAAUUACAUGUACUCAUUAAAAAGACCUUUCAUCUAUGAUUUUGCAAAUACAUGAUUUUUUUGAAGUUUUCCUGCUGGACACAAGAUGUCUCCUACAUACAGUCCACUCAGAAGUGCUACAACUUUAUUGGAAGUAAACCAAAUACCUCCAAGCUUUCAUGUGGCACUGUUGAUAGUCAGAGUUGAUGACCAAGAGAUAGCAUAAAGGGAAAAAAGUCAACAUUCAGCUGCUGUCAAAGACAAAAGCUACAUUUCAGCUGUCACUGAGAGAACGCGCCACGUUUGGUUUAAUUUUGGGUAUAUUGCAACCAAAUACCAACAUAGUUUUUUUUCUGGGUUUCUCCUAUGCAUCCUGAACCUGUCAGUUGGAACUAUAUAAUUUACAGGAAUUUCUUUGAUUUUACUGGCGUGAACCAAAUACCACAACAUUUAGUUUUGUUAUGAUAAAUAUUUUUUGUCUGUAAAAAAAAAAAGUUUUCAAGCCUCUACAUUGAAGGCAUAUAUGAAAACAUUGUUGGAAUUGGCUGAAUCAUAUAAUAGCUUCUGCAUGCACAAAUGUCUUGGCAAUAGACUAUUCAUUGCUUUGACUCUCAAUCAACACAGCAACACACCUGUAGCUGAUAUUUAGCAGAGGUGGUUGAUUUGUUGAUGUAGAUUGAAUGUGUGCAUCUGAGCAACCCAGACUUCACCCAGCUGGUCAGACAUAAUUGGUGGUUGAAGGAAGGUGCCAGUGCAGUGUGACAUCAGUCCCAGGCUGUCGGUCUCCUCCACUGAAAGGGGUUUUUUCUUUCUUUUUCCAUGAUAGACCACACACCACUACCAUCCCUCUAGCCUAUCAUUGUGUUAUUGGUUUUACAUGUAAAGUUAUUGACUUGGAGGAAAAGAACAUUAUUUACAGUGUAAAGAUGGAUCGAUGUCCACUGACAAUAUGUGAACGCUUUGAUUUAUAAAAGCCAACUGCUCAGUGGAAGGAUUGAAUGAAUAAAUGUAAAAUAAAAGUGAUCAUUCAGGAAAGAUCAAUAUGUUUGCACAUUAGGGGACAGGCAGGAGAGUGGUAUUUGUUUUUCCUUUUUUUGACAGAUGUGUUGCUAAAGCUGUGUUUUGUACAGUUUCAAAAAAGCAAACGUAUAGUAGUAUGUUUUUCUUUUUUUUUACAGCAGGGGAUGCAGACUUGAUUUCAGAACAUUUUAGGGUUGUCAAUUUGUUACACUGGUUUUUAGUCUGCACGUGUACAUGUUCGAUUUUUAUUCAAUAAUAAAUGAGUUAAGCCAC